UACCAUAAGGUCAGUAUCAAGUGAACAACUGGGCACGAUGGGUUGUGUAAAAAAAUUGGUGCUUGUAUCGCUCGUGACGGCCAUUCUGUUUUGUGGCGCUUUGCUUUUGCUGUGGAUAUGGCUGGGAAUGGAAAUUAUUCCCAAUCAAAUUCGUGAUCCACACAUACUGCGUGAUCGGUCCUUCGACUACAUUAUCGUGGGUGCUGGAACGGCAGGAUGUGUGUUGGCCAAUCGUCUUUCCGAAAAUCCGAACGUUACGGUGCUGCUGGUGGAAGCUGGCGAUACGUUCGGUGCAGCUUCAAUCAUUCCACUGAUAAGUACCGCCAUGCAAGGCACCAAGUACGAUUGGGCAUUCCGUACGACACCACAAAAAUAUUCUUCCCACGGUUUAGGCAAUAAUCAACAACUGCUACCACGUGGCAAAGGAUUAGGUGGAUCGGGACAAAUUAAUUACAUGCUCCAUUUCACGGGCAUUCCCGAGGAUUUUGACCGUUGGGAGCAAUUGGGAGCACGUGAUUGGAAUUGGCAUGCAAUGAAACCUUACCUGGAUAAGCUGAACCAUCCGGGCGGGAUCAGCGAUCAGUACGAUGAGGACGACAUUCGGGAGUGCAACCAGGAGCUUACUGGCGAGGAGUUAUAUGAGACUAACAACCACUAUGCAUCGAUUUUGUCCGAAAGUGACAAACAUGCAAGCAUUAACUUUUGCGCCCGAAAGGUUUCCUCCCAAAAUCGGAACCUUCCCACAACGGAUCGGUUGCACAUAACCGAGGUAGACACGCGAGAAUCUCUGCUGGCAAAGGUAUUUACAGAAGCACCACUGGAACUUGGCCUGGAUCGGUAUCACUUCCGACCCGCCCGAUACACCAUUCGCAAUGGAAUCCGUUGGAGCAGUUACCAUGCUUAUCUGCGACCGGCAUUCGGUCGUCCUAAUCUAUCCAUUCUCACAUCAUCCUCCGUCGCGAAGGUCCUGUUUGAUGAAACCAAUCGAACGAAGGGUGUAAUGGUGCAGUCGGUCGGCACUGGUCGGCAACAACCGGUUAGCAUCCGUGUCGGACGGGAAGUGAUCCUCAGUGCUGGUGCGUUACACACACCACAGAUUCUGAAACUGUCCGGCAUUGGACCGAAACUCGAGUUACGGCGACACGGUAUCGAACUGGUACACGAUGCACCUGCCGUGGGUCAGAAUUAUUUCGACCAUCUCAAUCUGCCGCUGUUUGUAAGCAUCAACGCCACGGCUAGUGUAACGAUGGACAAAGUAUUAUCGGUAGAUUCGAUCCUGCAGUACCUGAAGCAUGGCCAGGGAGCAUUAGCCACAACGGCCAUUGCCGGUAUUGGAAGUCCUCACGAUGGGCAGUACGGGAUUAUCCUGUUCGGAAUGGGCAGUGUCGAUGAGCAAGCGUUACGCCAUGUGUCCAACAUGAAACAGGACACGUUUCGAGCGUUUUUCCCUUCGUAUCAAAAUACCAGUCAGGAGGGGUUUCUAUUCCUCAGCACUUGCCAUCAACCGUCCAGCCGUGGUGCAAUCUUUCUGCGCGAUCGUCACAUCGACAGUGUACCGUUUUUCAAUCCUAACUAUCUUAAAGAUCGGGCCGAUAUUGAGUGUAUGAUCAAGGCAAUCCGACUAGCUUCGCGCACGGUUCGAACGAAAGCCUUCCGCAAGAUCGGAGCACAUCUUCACUGGCCGCACAUUAAGCGCUGUUCAAACUUUGGCCCACCGGAAAACAGUUCGGAGGAACCCUCGGAACGGUUUCUGGAGUGUAUUCUUCGUACAUCGGCACUGACUGGGCAUCAUCCCGGAGGAACGGCCGCCAUUGGGCAGCAUGGUGAAGCUGUUGUCGAUAAUCAACUCAGGGUUAACGGUGUGCAUGGUUUGCGUGUCGUUGAUGCAAGCGUGUUUCCUGCACCAGUGUCCGGAACACCGAACUCGGUGGUAAUUGCUGUGGCUGAAAAGGGAAGCGAACUUAUAGUGCAAAAUGGUAAUUAAUAAAAAAAAAUGGCAAAGCAAAAAAAGAUUUCCUCUCCCCGACGGGGAAUCGAACCCCGGUCUCCCGCGUGACAGGCGGGGAUACUGACCACUAUACUAUCGAGGACAUGUUGAGGAGCGUGUUCAAAGCCAAACAUAAACACUGUGCAUGACUCGUGCGGUACGAGAUGGAAUUGUUUUCACAAAAUAAUUGACUCAUAAAAAAUUUCUAUCACAUUUUUUACAACAAGAAUAAAUUAAUACAAAACAAAUUGUCAUUCGACAGACAAAUAGAAA